AUGAAGCGGGUGGCUGUGACAGGUGCGUUCAGCUACACGGGACGCUAUUUAUCGAAGCUUCUGCUGGAGAAAGGCCAUUCCGUGGUGAAUCUUUCGAGUCGUUCCACACCCAUUGCAUCAUCCGGCCUCAGCAGUGAAGAAGCGCAGAGGAUCAGCACCUAUCCCUUGGAUUUUUCCAACGAACUGCUUUUGGGAAAGGCUUUGGAAGGCUCUUCCGUUCUUUGGUGCACCUAUUGGAUCCGCUUCGAGCGCGGCGACACCUUCGCCGCCGCCGCCCAGCGCUGUGCUCGUCUCUUCGAAGUGGCUCGGCAAGCUGGUGUGCAGCGCAUCGUGUUCACCUCGCACACGCACUCCACAGUGGAUUCGCCCUUCAGCUACAUCGCUGGCAAGGCCCAAGCAGUCGAGGCGCUCCGGAGCUUGGACGUGUCCUACGCCGUAGCGCGGCCUUGUGGCAUCUUCGGGGACACGGCGCAGGAGUCGAUUUUGAUGAAUAACGCCGCCUGGGUUUUGCGGCGAAGUCCACUCUUUUUGCUGGCGGGUGAUGGGCAACAACGAUUUCAGCCAAUCCAUGUGAGAGAUAUGGCCCAACUUCUUCUGGAACUUGGACAGUUAGACUAUCCAUCAGGCUCCACCCCUCCCAAUGAAGAGGUGGAUGCUUGUGGUCCUGAUGCACCAACUGCGCUGGAACUCUUCAAACAUAUUGGCAGGUCUGUGGGGUCCAGAGCCAUGGUGCUUGCGCCUGGGAUUCUCUCAACAAGACUGGUCACGCAAAUGACGAAGCCUAUCAACUGGAUCACAGGAGACAUUUUGCUCGACGGUGACGACCUUGAUUUGCUCGCUUCAGGCUUAACGGUGGCCGAGAGGCCCGACGACCCCCGCAUCGCAAGCAGGCGCAGCUUGAUGACUUGGAUCCUGUGGCGCAGUUGGGUUGGUGUUCUUUGGGGUGCUUUCAUGGUAGGGCAGAGAUGA